AUCUCUGAUUCAUCUAUCCCCUUCUUCAGGUGGGACCGCUCUGGAUGUGUGGUGACGAAACUCAUUAAAAGGCACCAGAAGUGUUUCACUUUCUAGUAGAGCGGAUUCAACCCCAUCGCGGCAUUGACUGCUAGCCAACAGCUUCAUGUUGCCUCCUGCUCACUGGAUACAUUCAUCCUGGACUCGAGCCUCCCGAGGAUGCUUUUAGAUGACAACAUUGCAUUGCCCACCAAAAACAAAAGUCAUUCAUACGCGCUCAUUCGCUCCAUUUCCUUUAUGGUUGACGAGGAUUGCUCGGACUUCGAUUCGACGUUCCUCCCUGGCCUGUGUUCUAAAAUUCUCGAAAUUAUCAUGAAGUUCUGCGUUUUUGGAUGGAAUGUUUCAAUAAGUCAUCCAUCAUCCAGUUUUGUUCUCCCUUGCCUCAAACGACACGUCGGUGCAUCAUGACCCUCAUCCUCGAUACCUUUUCCCUGGACCUUUCCGAGUCCAUCCACAAAGGCAGUGAGCAUUGUAUCCAACUCGUGAGUGCGAUCCUAGUUUGAUACGAUUGUAACUUUGUGUACGAGGGGGACUGCUGGGAAAGCAUUCACACUGUGUCGUCUGAAGUGCGUAUCACUUUCCGCCCCUUCAAAAGAGGCAAUUGCUUGAGUGCCUCUGGGCUGAAUGAGCAUGAACUAGGAAUUUCAACGCCUGCACCUCUAUUGGACUGGUGGGGCUCCAUGCGUGUAAAUAUAACUUUGCGACCCUGCACACCGGAUGCUCGGUCCUGGUGGGCUAAGUACAUCCAUUCAGCGGACGUACGAAGGGCGACCUGAGGAGUUGUCUGUUCUCCAGCUUCCCAUCGACCUGUUUGUCAUGGGUGUCAAGGGCUAUUUCGCCGACGCUGUCCGCUACCGUCAUGCCUAUGGCCUUGCCGCUUCUGCUGCUACAGGCUCCGUUUUCUAUGGUUGGGACGUCGGUCUCAUUGGCGGAAUACUCACCAUGCCCUCCUUUAAAUCAUAUUUCGGUAUAGACAAAAUGACUGCCUCUGAACAGGCAAAUCUCAACGGCAACAUCGUUGCUGUCCUUCAAGGCGGUUGUUUUUUCGGAGCACUGUUCACGGGUUAUCUAUCGGGCAGGUUUGGUCGUAAACCUACCUUGUUGUCUUCAGGUGUCGUCUACCUGAUCGGUAGUUUGAUACAAUCUGUUGUUGGUAUCGGGACAAGCGCUACAGUUGCCUUGCGCCUGCUGUACUUCAGUCGCUGGCUUGGUGGUGUCGGCGUGGGUAUGGUCUCCGCUCUUGUGCCGUCUUACGUGGCGGAAUGUGUACCUGGCGAAAUUCGAGGUCGUUGCACUGGAACUGUCCAGCUUGCUAACAACAUUGGCAUUAUGUUGAGCUUUUGGGUCAACUACUCCGCGGAAAAGAACCUUCCUCAUGGGAAUAUGCAAUGGCGCCUUCCCUUCAUCAUUCAGAUGGUCCCUGGUGUCUUCUUCAUGGUAUUUAUGAUCUCUCUACCCGAGUCUCCUCGAUACCUCGUCGAAAUCGGAAAGUAUGAACGCGCCACACGUUCACUCGCGUUUGCUUCCGGGCGAUCUCCCGAUGACAAGAAUGUCCGCAUCACAUUAGAGGAGAUCAAGGCUGAUUUCGAGGGCAAAGAGAAGGUGCCGCUCUUGAAGCAACUUACCAUGAUGCGGGAAUCACGUACGACCGCUCUUCGAUGCUUUAUCCCCUCGUUCAUCAUGUUCUGGCAGCAAGCUACUGGCACUAAUGGGAUCAACUACUUCUCACCCACCAUAUUCGCCAGCUUAGGCGUCUCUGGUACUACAUCCGGCCUAUUGGCCACGGGUGUCUACGGUGUCGUCAAGACCGUCUCAGUCGCUCUCGCCCUAGCUUUUGCUGUCGAAGCUCUCGGACGUAAGAAAUGUCUCAUUAUUGGUGGCCUUGGGCAGGCGGCCAUGAUGCUCUGGAUCGGAGCAUUCUCUGCUAUCCACCCCCAACCCACAGUCGUUCCCGCUUCCUACGUCUCCAUUGCCGCCGUAUACCUAUAUGCCAUUUUCUUCUGCCUCGGUUGGGAACCCUUACCAUGGGUCGUUGCGGCGGAAGUCGCUCCUAACCAUGUCCGCAACGCAGCGUACGCCGUUGCUAUUGCCGUCAGCUGGCUCUUCACCUUCACCGUUUCCAAACUGACGCCUAUCAUGCUUGAGAGGAUCACCUACGGUACCUUCCUCUUGUACGGUUGCGGCUGUAUCCUCAUGUCUGCUUGGGUGUACCUUUUUCUUCCUGAGACAAGGGGGCAUGCCCUCGAAGAUAUCAAAUAUCUCUUCGAGCGGGACGUUGUGGUCCGUUCGUUGCAGGAUGCACCAGGUGGUCGUUUAUUCUUGGGUUCCAAGCGUGCUAUUCCGGUCGAGGAACUCAAGGCUGCGGAGAUGGACAUAGGAUCUCAUGACGACAUCAAAGACGUCAAAGUUGAUGAUGGAGACUUCAAGUUGGAUGCAUAAACCAGACGUUUUAUAUAGCGCUAUCAUGAAUUCAAGCUGUAUCAAUAUCUGUAACAGUACCUUCCGAAACUCGGCGAACCGAUGAUCCAAAGUUGUGACAUUC